CUCACAGGGCCAUGUGCAGACAGAAGUCCAAGCGCCCUUACUCCUGCCUGGAGGUAGUCCUCAUCACUCUCCUGGUCCUGAUGACAGCGGUGACAGUGGCACUCCUCGUCCUUCACUUUGUCACUGGGGAGAGCAGCUCCAGCAAUGAUUAUGAUGAACCAUCACCAACCCAGAAACCAACAACAACUGGUGGCUCAGGAAACUACUUACUGGGUGUAGGUCGGGCAGACUGCACAGGGCCCGUAGCAGAAAUUCCUCUGAUGGGCUAUGCUAAUCCCAACCAGGUGGGUGGUGGACUUCUCACACGCCUCUACAGCAGAGCCUUCAUUGUGGCAGAGCCGAACGACUCCAGGAGAGUGGUGUUCGUCAGCAUUGACAUAGGGAUGGUGUCCCAGAGACUGAGGCUGGAGGUGUUGAAGGAACUGAAGAGCAAGUAUGGCGAGCUGUACCAAAGGGACAACGUCAUCCUGAGCGGAACCCACACACACUCGGGGCCUGGUGGCUACUUCCAAUACACACUCUUCUGGAUCACUAGCAAAGGGCUGAUCAAACCAAACCUCAAUGCUAUAGUGAAGGGCAUUGUAAAGAGCAUUGAUAUAGCACAUCAGAACAUGAAGAGAGGAAGGCUUUUUUUAAACAGAGGCAUGGUAGAAAACAGUCAGAUCAACCGAAGCCCUUACUCGUAUCUCCAGAAUCCAGUAUCCGAACGUAGCAGGUACUCAGCCAACACAGAUAAAGAAAUGGUGAUGCUGAAGAUGGUAGAUGAGAAUGGACAUGACCUAGGACUCAUCAGCUGGUUUGCUGUGCACCCAGUCAGCAUGAACAACACAAACCAUCUCAUCAACAGCGACAACAUGGGCUACGCAUCUCUCCUGUUUGAGCAGGAGAAGAACAAGGGCAUGCUUCCUGGAGAGGGCUCUUUUGUUGCUGCCUUUGCAUCCUCCAACCUUGGGGAUGUGUCACCCAACACCAAAGGUCCAUUCUGCAUUAACACAGGGGAAUCAUGUGAUAACCCUCAGAGUGCCUGUCCCAUUGGGGGGGCGUCAAUGUGCAUGGCCAUGGGACCUGGCACUGACAUGUUCGACAGUACAAGAAUUAUCGCAAAAAAUAUCUACUCGAAGGCAAAGGAGCUGUACGCCACUGCUGUCCAGGAGCUCACUGGGCCCCUCCGCUCCGCUCACCAGUGGGUCAACAUGAGCAAUGUCCAGGUGCAGCUCAAUGCCACACACACGGCUAAAACAUGCAAACCAGCCUUGGGACAUAGUUUUGCUGCAGGGACCAUAGAUGGAGUGGGGGCUUUCAACUUCACACAAGGCUCAGUAGAAGGGGACCCAUUUUGGGACAACAUCCGGGACCAGCUCCUGGGAGAGCCAUCCAAUGAAACAAAGGCUUGCCACCAACCCAAGCCGAUCCUCUUUAGCACCGGGGAGAUGACUUGGCCUCACCCCUGGCACCCUGACAUUGUAGAUGUUCAGCUUGCUGCUAUUGGAUCACUGGCAAUCGUUGCUGUUCCUGGAGAAUUUACGACCAUGUCGGGACGCAGACUGCAGGAAGCUGUUAAAAGUGAAUUUGGCUCUCAUGGUACAGCAGGAAUGGAUAUUGUAAUUGCGGGUCUUUGUAAUGUCUACACCCAUUAUAUUACCACCUAUGAAGAAUACCAGGUUCAACGAUAUGAGGCAGCAUCGACUAUUUACGGACCGCACACCCUUUCCGCUUACAUCCAGCUGUACAGAGGACUUGCAAGGGCUAUUGCUAUGAAUGCAGUGCAGGACUUGCCAAAUGGCCCUGAGCCCCCUCUUUUCAACAUAACCAGCCUGACAUUGGUGCCUGCUGUCACUCCUGAUAGAGCACCAGUGAAUAAGACAUUUGGGGAUGUGCUUCAAGAAGUGAAUGUACAGUAUCGAGUGGGAGAAGUUGCCAAAGUAACUUUUGUAGGUGCAAACCCCAGGAACUCUGCAGAGAACAUGACCGAACACAACUUCCUGACAGUGGAGAGAUACACCAGUGUUUCAGGGAGCUGGCAGGUGGUACAGAACGAUGCCUCCUGGGACACCAGGUUUUACUGGACCAAAGGGUCAUCUGGCCAGAGCAACGUGACAAUUGAAUGGCACAUUCCUAGCGGCACAGAGCCUGGCAUCUACAGGAUCCAGUACUUUGGGCACUACAGGAGACUGCUCAAGCAAUUCUAUCCAUUUCAAGGCACAUCCACAGCAUUUGAAAUUACAAAUCUGUAGCCAACCAUGUUCAUUAAAGGAACUGUUGCCUUUGAACAGUAGAUUUUACACCUGUGAUGUUCAAAUGAACACCUGGGAGGUUUUCUGUGGCAUUUUUCCUCUGUAGGAAAAAUGCUGUUGUCCCUCAUGCGCUUCUCAUUGUCCUUUGCUGUGCAAAACUCAGCUUUCUGCUAAGUUUUGACUUUUACCUGCAAUUCAGCCUCAUUAGUUUGAUACAUUUUCAUUCAAAUAGUACCAGUCCCAGAUGGAUCUCAUUGAUUCUUAUUGUACUAAAAAAUGAACUGUUUUUCUUUACUCACUAAACAAAUGCUUAUUGAUUGUGAACAGGCUCUCAGAGAGAAUUAAUGCAUAAUGAGACCUAAUCCAGACAAUAAAAUAGUCCAUAAAAUACAGCUCAGUCCAUAUAGCUGGGAAGAACUGCUGAAUUUCCAAAACAUCAGAAAAGAAGAUAUCUUAGUUUCAGCUGGGACAGAAUUAGGACAACUGACUUAAAUAGGCCAAAGGGAUAUUCCAUACCAUUAUGACAUCAUGCGGAAGGAGUUUUGAAGGGGGUGGGAGUUCCUCUCUCUCUCUUCCUCUGCUCAGAGGCUAGCUGGGCAUUGAUUGUCAAGUGGUGAGCAAUUGCUUGUGUAUCACUUAUAUACAUUCACAUACAUAUAUUUCUCAUAACUAUUAUUCUUUUCCUUAGUAGAUAGUUUUAUCUCAACCCAUGACUUCUACUUUGUUUUUUGAUUCUCUCCCCCAUCCCUCUGGGAAGGGGGCAGUGAGCAAACAGCUGUGUGGUGCUGAGCAACCUGCCAGGAUGAACCACCACAGUCAUUUUGGCACCCAGCACAGAGCUUGAAGGGUUGAAAUAACAGCAGAUCUGACCUGACUGUGAUAACACAUUGUGCUGUGGUAGUUUGAUAAUUGCUGGUCACAAGUUAUUUUUUCCCCCUAUUUAUGGAGUUCGUGAGAGUCUUCUCAUGGAACUAUAUUGUGUAGCACCUUGCUUACUGCUUAUUUUCCCUUCUGCAUGGUUUGUCAUCUCUGGGGGAUGGAUUAAAGUUUUUGUUUUGCUAU